AUGAACGAUAGGCUGAGAGCAAAGAGCUGGUGCGAUCUAGUCAAGUCAAACAGGCGCACGCGCAUACCAUCAUUCGGCAAUUUACGGUCCUUAAAAGCCGAUGCCAGCAAGGAAGAACCUGACAGCAUGGCUACUACGCCAAAGCUCGAGGCUCAGGUCGACAAUGAGAAGAACGCGCAUAAUUAUCACCCCGACGACAUCGACAUUUACGACCCUAACCGACCUAAACUCGGUUUCAAACAUCGACUACACCACUUCACUUGGGCAUGGUACACCUUCCCCAUGAGCACGGGAGGUCUUUCCUUGCUCAUCUUUGCUCAACCUCACCAGUUUCCCGGCCUGAAAUCCAUCGGCAUGGUAGUCUACGUCGUAAACAUCGGCAUCUUUGUUGCCGUAUCUGCAAUGAUGGCAGCGCGGUUUCUUAUACAUCCCGGAGACAUGUCGAAAUCUCUCAAACAUCCUCGAGAAGGUUUCUUUGUGCCAACGUUCUUUCUCGCCACGGCCACCCUCGUAACAAGCACGUCUCGCUAUGCUAUUCCUACAAGCGACGCAGGGCUCAUCUGGGGUGUUCAGGGAGCGUUUUGGGUCUACCUCGUAUUGACCUUGGUGCUCGCCGUCGGACAAUAUAGCCUCGUCUUUGCCGCUCACAGCUUCGGACUGCAAACCAUGAUGCCGACGUGGAUCCUGCCCAUCUUCCCCAUCAUGCUGUCCGGCACAAUUGCUUCCGUUAUUGCCGAAACAGAACCCGCUGCCUCCGCUGUUUCCAUCAUUGUUGCCGGUAUAUCAUGCCAGGGUCUUGGCUUUGCUGUUGCUGUCAUGAUGUAUGCCCACAUGGUCGGCCGUCUUAUGCAGGCUGGAUUGCCAAAUCGGGAGCAUCGGCCGGGAUUAUUCAUGUGUGUGGGUCCUCCGGCAUUCACGGCCCUAGCACUCAUCGGCAUGGCUCAGGGCGUGCCUGAAGUUGCCAGCCACGACAAGGCUGGCCUACCAGUUGACCUUAACACUAUUCGAACAAUGGCCUUAAUCAGUGCCAUUUUCCUCUGGUCUGUUAGUCUCUGGUGGUUCGGCAUUGCUGUAGUCGCCGUUAUCCAAUCGGUCCCCAAAUACUUCCAUCUCGGAUGGUGGGCCAUGGUCUUCCCCAACACUGGUUUCAUCUUGGCAACGAUAUCUAUUGGCCAAGAGCUAGGUAACGAUGGCGUUCUGUGGUUUGCUACAGUACUCAGCGUUUGUCUACUUGGGAUGUACUUCUUUGUUUUGUUCUUCAACAUUAGGGCUGUUAUUACGCAGGAUAUUAUGUACCCUGGGAGAGACGAGGAUUUUGAGGAUCACUGA